UACUGAGUACACAAGUUCCAAGUCCUCAUGGAUGACAUCAACUAUUUUUCGCGAUUGGUUUCAUAAAUCAUUUGUGCCGCAGGUUAAAAUUUUUCUUAUGUGGCAGAAUAGACAUAAUUUUUAACAAUUAAAAUUCUCUAUUUUUAGGUAACAGAGUUUCUUUCAAAAAAGAAUCUGCCAGUUAAAGCACUUCUUCUAAUAGAUAAUGCUCCAUCUCAUCCAAGUGAAUUGGAGCUUAAAACAGAGGAUGGAAACAUAAUUGCAAUGUUUUUUCCGCCAAAUGUGACCCCACUAAUCCAGCCAAUGGACCAAAAUGCAAUUAAGAUAACGAAGCUUUACUAUAGAACAAGUCUUUUAGCCAUGAUGGCGGCAAAAAAUUCAGAUUUAGUCAGUUCAAUGAAAACAGUAACAUUAAAGGAUGCUGUUACGUUUCUAGAGAUCGCAUGGAAUAAAGUCAGUACAGACACUAUGGCUAAAUGCUGGAAAAAUCUUUUGAGUUUCACGGAAUCUGAGGAAGAUCCAGAGGAAAAUGUUCCAUUGAGCAUUCUGAAAGCAAAUAUGGAUUCGGAGCUUCAGCUACUAAUGACGCGCGCAGUUGAUGUGCUUAAUGAAUUAAAUCCUCAGGUUUGUCGUUUUUCUUAAGCCAUUUUAGGGACACUAUCAGACAUAGUUUUAAUAUUUUUUAUAGGUUGACUAUGCAGUGCCAUCCAUUGAGGAAUGGAAUCAAG